AUGUCCCUUGUCCUGUCCUUUCGUUCAGGCGAGAAACCAUUCGUUUGUGAGUUUGAAGGUUGUGAUCGACGAUUUGCCAACAGUUCGGAUCGUAAAAAACACAUGCACGUGCACAUGAACGACAAACCGUACAAUUGUCGUUUUAAAGGCUGUGAUAAGAGCUACACACAUCCGAGUUCACUUCGCAAACAUCUUCGAGUUCACUAUCUUUCACCAAACGGUUCACAAACAGACAUAGAACCUCCAUCCCCGGAAAGUGAACAGAUGACCAGUAUGGACGCGUCCGGUUCUUGUCUGCUAUCCGGCUCAUUCGAUCACGAUCGUCUUGGUCGUUUGGGCAUGAUACCAAACACAGAGGACGGCGGGAAACAUGGCAUUCCGGACGGGAAUACGCCGACCAAGUCCACCACCUAUCUGUGCCGAACUGUCGAGAUGGACUAUGCCGAACACGUGGAUGGAAAAGCACGUAAACGUUCCCGAGAUCAGAUCGGAUUCGAUCUAACCGAGGGAAGACCGGAUACUGGUCGCAGAUCACGCAAACGGCGUGGAUCUCCAAAACCCGAAUACUAUUUUGAUACUGAAAUACACUCCACCGGGGAUGAACUCAAAUGUUCCGGGCCAGUUAAAAUAGGCCUACUGUCAGACGGAUUGGGUACGAUUGGCACGCGUGGGUCUACAAACAGAGCACUAAUGGAUUUGGGCUGCACGACAACCACAAGCAGAGAACAAUCAGACACCUAUCGCCCGGCAUUCUCACUCCCCCUGUGUCUAGCUCAAGUUCAGUCCGUUUACUCCCACUCGGCAAUUCAAGCAGCGACCGCGACCGCGGUCACUGUACCCGCUCCUGCCACAUCUGAUCUCACUUCAGUCACAAAAUCUCGAACAGAAAUGAAUCGCCGUGAUCUGGAUCCCGCGCUGUAUGAUAAUCAGUACAAUUAUUUGAAUUCGAACUAUGCACAGGGAAACAAUGUGUACACUCAAUCUACAGAUGCUAACAAAAUGUCCAACGAGGCCGCGGAGACGCACUCGGAUUUGUCACUUGCAUUAGCCGUGCGGUGUGGUUCUACAAACACAAUGAACCCAAACUCCUCUUCCCUCUAUCAAACCCUACUACAAAAUGAUGCGGUUUUUCAGAAUAAUUCGAAUAAUUUAGAGGCGACAACUUUGACCGGAUCUAUUAAUUCCUCCUCCUGUGAAGUGUCCUCACAACUUGCAUCGAUAUUUCCCAAAUCCAGCGCGGACGGUCUGAGUGGCUCGCGUAAUUCGGAUGUGCUCGGUCCAUCGAUUAGUCAUCAUUCGUCCUCAACAGAUUCCGAUCUGGAUGCAAACAGCCUGGUGCUCAAACCUGGACCACCCAGUCCGACAUAUUCUGCCUCGACCGGGAUGACUCAGUCCACCAAACCACAGGCGUCUGCAUUCGAAGCAUCCCUUACACGAUUCUUGUGUUCGGUUGAUAACGAACAGUUUUCCGGAAAACAAUCACCAAACUCAUUUGAAACACCCGGAGAGAAUGGAGGUAAUGGAACCAAUAUGGUCACUACGGCUGCUGCCGCACUGGCCGCUAGUCGAUGGUUUCCACACGCAGCCGCCGCGGCCGUGGCUGUGAAUUAUCUGGACUGGGGUGUCAAUUCCACUCCGGUGAACGAGAUUUCACGAACUGGCAGUGUGAAUCAUUCAAAUAGGGAUAUGGUAAAUCUGAUGAAAUCAGAGGACGCGGAAGAUAAUCAACCCGGUCUGGUCGAACCGGAUCGGUACGUGUCAGAUCACACGGGUACACUUCAUCCCAAUCCGGAUGGAAAUGGGAACUCGAUUGAAUCCGGUCAUCUGGGUCUAGGUUCCGGAUCCGCCACAUCCUCCUCCUCGUCCUCCUCAUUCUUCUAUCCGGUUCAACGUUGCGCAAACACAUCACAAUCUCCAUUGGCCAGUUCCCCGUCGCUAACCCCACUGAACAUUCCGCAUCCGUUGAAUGGCUGUGGUUCACUCCAAGUCACAUGA